AUGUCCUCAGGGCAUUGUCGUUGGACAACCGCAAAGCCCGUAGCGGGCCUUCUCAUCCUUGCGCUUGGCCGCCUCUGUUGCGCUGACUGCACUGGUGCGAGCUGCACCGCCACGGGGGCGUCGCUCUUGGCUCUGAAGGCGGAGACAACGGCGGCUUCCCUUGGGGACCUCGAGGAGCGCGGGUACCCCAUCAACAUGACCGUGAAUGGCAGCAACGGGACUGUGGACACGCAGUUGGAGAUGAUCGUGGGCGAGAACGCCGAGCAAGACAUGAAGGAGAUGAACAGUAUCCCGAAUCCCGAAAAUGCCAGCAGUAAUGGAACCCACGGAAUGGGCGAGUUGGCCCGCAACCUGGAGUUCCUGAUGCUGAAGAUCGUCCAGCUGGAAACGGUGGUGGAGAUGCAACAGCAUGAGAUCCAGGACCUCCGCAGCGUCAUCGGCGAGCACUUCGACUUGGAUCACAAUGACACCACGGCUUCUCUGAAGCAGGUGGAUCCCCAGGCCCGCACGAAGAAGGCUCAAGAGACCCUGAAGAAGGUGAUGCAGAAGCACAAUCACCAGCGCGAGAAGCGGGACUUCAGUCCGGAGGCACACCGACAGGAGCAAAAGGAAGAGCUCAACCAGGCCGAGGCCCAGCAGCGGAGGUUGCUUUCAAAACGUGACCAGGAGGCCAAGGACACCGUCCUGCUCGAGGCUGAGGCUGAUGAUGAUAUGGAGGAAGCCGAGGAGACGGAACGAUCUUCCCGUCGACGUGGCUGGCCUCGACGCCGUCGCCGACUCUUCAAGGCAGUGGCAAAGACGGUGAGCGAUGCCGGAAAUGCCGUCGCCGACACCGCCUCCGACGUUGCGGCGGCUGCAAAUGACGGCACGGGCCUCGUCGGAGACGCGCUGGGCGACGCCUAUGAGCAUGCAAGCGACCAGGUGACCUUCGUGGCCAACACUGUCAUUGACUCGGUGGAGAUGGCAGUUGACAUCUUGGUCCGUGGCUUCUCUGACUGGAGUGCCGGUUGUCCUGACACCCGCACACCAGACAUGCAGAUUAAUAAAGACGGCCUCCUUGUCGAUUGGGGUCGUCAGAAAUGCUGGGUCCGACUGAUGGGCCAGACUUGUAACCUCUUCGACUUCAACUUUGGCUCUGUGGCCCUGCACUGGCCCGAGCCCCUGAAGACCGUGAUCGGCUUCGGCUUGAAGCCCAUCCGCUCCAUGUUCAACUUGGGCGCCGACCUGGUCAGCUGUGCGACCUCGGGCACCGCCGUGGAGGUCGUGAAGUGCCUGGGCUUCCGGCUGAUCCAGGAGGUUCCGCCCCUGAACCUCCUGACCAGGAUGAGCGAGAUGCUCACGGAGUUCAUCGAGGUCUUCGCGCAGGUGGCUACAGUGGUGGUCAGGCAAGUGCUGGAAGACGGCUCCUCCCUGGUACAGCAGGCCGCCCAGUCCAAGUUCCCAGGUGUCGGCGAAGCCCCGGUGCUGCACCACGCAGGGAAAAGCCUCACCAUCAAGACCCACUCCCAGCAUCCCAAGGGCCGCAAAGCGGAUCCCAGAUCCAAGCUGCCACGGGACGAGAAGAUGUCGGCGCUGCAGCAGGACGCCAAGGGGAAGGUACGUGGUGACGACGACCCGGAACCUGCAGGCAGCAUCGCCUUCGGCGUCUCGGACCAGGAGGGGAACUAUGCUACGCGGCUCAUUAGCCAGUGGAAUGGCAGGGAGACAGACACCAGCUCUUGCUUGGCCUUCGCACCGAAGCACAGGGAAGGCAGCAACGAUCAGGCCCUGAAGUCAGACUGGCAAGGGAACAGCGAUGACGCUUUCAUCCCCUUGGAGCCAUUUGGUGUACCCUGCGACAAUGACUGGAUGAAGGAUCAUUGGGACAAGUGGCAGGGCUACUCCUUCUAUGUCUGGGAGAUGGCCAUCGAGAAGUGUGUGACUGUGACCUUCAGUCUCGGCCUGCAGCCCGCGCUCGCCUUCGUGGGCGGCAUGAGCUUCGAGCUGAUGCCGGCGCCUUUGGCUGAGCUGGACACCACGGUCUGCUGGCCGGACAAGCAACCCGGGGGCGUGGACUUGAGCGUCUUGCGCUCCGAGAUCCGAUCCGGCGGCAUCAUGCUCUUCAGCCGAACCCUCCGCCUGCAGAAGAGGUUCGGGAGUGGCACGGACUUCGUGGACAGCAACAUCUUCGGGGCCCACGAGACCUGGCGGAACCCGCUUGGCACGGCCACUGGCAGUCACGGUGUCGAAGACGAUCGCACCGUGGAAACCAUGUCCAGGUCCUCCCUCCUUGCAACGAACCAGACCUCCCAAAACAGCCAAAGCCAUCAGAGUCCAAAGGAAAAGCCGGCGCAGCGCCAGCCUCCGACAAAAGAGGAGCUGCACUGGGAGACGGAUCUCGAGGAGCUCUACCUGGCUGCCGGCCACUACGGGAAGGACCUUGGAAUCAAGAAGACCUCCGAGCUGCGUGGAGAAGACGUCCUGAAGCGCAUGAGGGAGCUGAAGGCUAAGAAGGGCUUGAGUACUCUCCAGGCCGACGCGGAGUCCGGCACGGACUACCACCAGCUUUUCAGCUUCAAGAACCCCGGUCCGGUCUCUUUCGAAAUCCUCGGGCUUCUUGAAGACAACAGCUUGGAGCUCGGCAUGAAGAUCGACUUUGGCCCUUUCGAGUCCCCUGAGAAGCGGAUCCCCUUGCUCAACAUCGUGGACCAGUUCACGCUGGUUCUGGGAGUUAUGCCUUGGGUGUCACCCACGAGCAAGCUGAAGGCCAUAGCCUCUCUGAGAGACUUCGGAAAGCAGGACAUCAGCACGGUCCUGCCAGAGGUGCCUCCGCCAGAGGUCAACCCGGGCUCCAUCAUCGGCCUCUACAACCCUCACUGGAGCCGCUGGGUUCGAAUGGGUGGUGAACAUGGUGAUGUCGUGGAUCGCUCCGGCUCGACGGCCUUUGAUUCCAUGCCCUCGGACUGGACCUGGGAGAAGUUCGCCGUGGUGGACGCCGGGGAUGGCUUGAUUGCGCUCCACUGCCCGAAGUGGAACCGCUUCUUGUCCCUGAACCCCGAGGGUGGCGUCUAUGGAAGCCCCAACAUGCCUGCCAGCCAGUUCCCAUCCGACUGGACCUGGCAGAAGUUCAAGGUGGUCUACGCGGGCGACGGCAUGAUCGCCCUUCAUUCCCCGCGUCACAACCGCUUUGUGAGCAUGACCGAUCACAGCGUGCAGGCCACGAAUCACAGAAAUGAGGACAGCGUGCAAGAGAGUUGGACAUGGGAACGCUUCCAGGUGCUGCGAACCCGAUGGCUCUUGCAGCCAGGAACCGUGGUGGGCUUCCAUAACGCAAUCCACAACUGCUACAUCAGCAUGGGCUCAGAUGGGUCUAUGCACCCAA